AUGUAUCAACAUCGAGCUAUGUAUAAUGGUGUAUAUGCACCUUAUCCUACGCUUCCUUAUCAUCAUCACCAUCAUCCUGGAGUUAAUGUCUGUUCACCAUAUGAAAUAUUGGAUCCAUUACCAAUUCCUGUUGUGAAUAGUUUUGCUCCACCAUGUAAUUGUGAUUAUUCAUGUAGACGAAAUGUUCCGUAUGUUGAUCAUUCAUGUUAUGAUUAUGUUCCACGACCACCAGUCAUUCAAACGAAUGUUCAUAAUGAUGUUUGUUAUUAUCUUGAUGAUCCUUAUGAUGAAUAUGAUGAUGAUUACGGAAAUGCUUAUCAAUUAUCUCGAUCUAAAGUUCAACUUGUCGAUUUAGUUCCAAAACCUAAACCUCGAAGAAAUAAUAAUCAUAUGGUUGUAUCAACAUUUCAACCCGUAGCAAGAAAUUCACCAGAACGUAUUAUUAUACCUCGUUCAACUGUUGUACGAAAUACAACAAAUCCUUCAUAUCAAAGACAAAGACAUAUGAGAUUAAUGCCAUUAUAUCAUUCAGCUGAACCACAACAUAGAAUAUCAAAUCGACAUCGAUCAGUUGUUAGAGAAAUGGUUCCGAUGGCAACUAUAUCAGACUCAUAUCCACAUAGACAACCGAUUAGAGUACGCACAUUAUCACCGUUGUAA